UGUAAAACUGCCGGCUGAUAGAUAAACUGAUAUGUUGAAUCUGCCUUUACAACUCUCUUUCCCUGGAUAUUGGAUCUCAUUUCUGUAUAAUUAUUUGAUUGACUUUAAUGCCAAGGGAAUAUGCCAAGCCUGGUCCAGCAUGAGGCCUUGCACAUCUGUUUACCAGGAGAGUGAGCCCUGUCACCAGAGAUAGAGUCCUUCCACCACAGCUACUGAGGCCUUUAUCUAACACUGUAUCAGAACCCACCAUUAAUAACAACCUAACAGUUUCAGUUGUCUGGAGUAAAAGGAUCAGAAGUCACUGAGAGCAAGACAGAGUCCCUGCCAAGAAUUAUGCCAUUAUAGCCUCCUCAGUAUCUCCAGCAGACAACCACUCUAGAGGUGCUAACGUAGUCCCUCUCCAGCGGUAACCAUGGACGACCAUUGGCAGAACAAUGUGAACCAGCAGGGCACUGAGAUCCCCACCUACGGGGAGGGAGGAGGCCAGGAGUACCCCUACCAGGCUGACUUCCCCCAGCAGGAGGGCGGGGGGGACGAGGAUGCGAGGAGUGAUGCCACGGAAGGUCACGAUGAGGAUGCAGAGGCGAUGUACGAAGGAGAGUACCAGGGGAUCCCCCACCCUGACGAGAUCAAGGCGGCCCAGCGGGCGGCCAGGGCCGAGGCCAGGAAGAAGGCCAGGCUGGCAGCAGCGAUGCCGGAUGAGGAGGACCUGGCAGAACAGUACGAGAACAUCAUGGAGGACUGUGGGCACGGUCGUUUCCAGUGGACCCUGUUUAUCGUGCUGGGCAUGGCGCUGAUGGCGGAUGGCGUGGACGGAUUUGUGGUGGGCUUUGUGUUGCCUAGCGCCGAGAAGGACAUGUGCAUAUCCAACGCCAACAAGGGCAUGCUGG